AUGGACCAAUUACCGCGAGAGCUGAUCGAUGCGAUACUCCGGCAAUGCGUAGCCCUUGGUCCUAAAAAUACAGUCCUCAACCUCCGCCUUGUUUGCCGCGUCUUUGACCAGGUCCUGAAGCCUUUCGCGUGUCAAACGCUUGACUUAGAAUUCUCGCGCUUGAGUAAGGCAAGCGGCGUAGCGCCCCAGAUCGAUGCGCUACAGACAAUCGGUUACCACUGCAAAAGCCUCUAUAUCGAUCUGAUGGUUCUUCGGGAUGACCUGGAAGUUGAGUUCCUUGAUACAGUCUUCGCGCGGGUCCCAUCUAUGACAGACUUCUGUCAAACGUUACACAAGAAAUACUGCAUGAAUGAAACAUCAUUCACCGAGACAGAUUACUAUCGGACCGUAGAGGAAAUGUUAUUCUACUGUCGCGAAGUCAAUCGCUUGCGCCUCAACCUCCCCUUUCAGCUCGUUGGCCGCCAUUGCAAUGCCGCCACCAUGAUCUUGGCCAACACGCUCAAGGCAUUCGCACAAAGACCCGAAGAAGACUCAGCAAAGCUCAAUACCCUUGUUAUUGAGAAUGUGACUGACGUCGCAAUACGUCAUCUGUGGAUGAACCCAAUUGACGUGAUGAAUAUCAUAAGGGUACUCGAGGUUCUAGAGCAUCUUGUGCUGACAUUGAGACGGCACGAAAACGAGCCCAUAACCGUCGGCUUGUUUGGAUCUUGUUUGUGGAAUAUUGUUGAGAACGCGGGGGAGCUAAAGAGCCUCUGCCUGAUCGGGAUGGACCACGAUGACCGCCCACGAGGGUUGAAGCAGACGAAAUUCUGGCAGAUGCCGGUCGACGAGUGGCGCGCAAAGUCACUGCCCGCGCCAAACGUCAUACACUCCAAUCUGACAUGUUUGGAGCUCAAGCGAAUUGAGUUAUGCCCCGAAGUAUUUCUCUGUACUGUGGAAAAUUUCGGUUCUACACUGCAAGAGCUCUAUCUGAACGAAGUCUAUCUUAAGGUUGAGCAGUCACGAGACUGGAAUGAGGAUUCUAAGAAGGUCCUCUGGGUCGGAAUGCCCAACCAGCGUCCUGCAGAGGAUUGCCAAUGGAUUGCUAUGGCACUGAGAUGUGCUGCACCUCACUUGAGAAUCUGCCGGGCAUCGUUUCUGGCGUAUGAUCAUUACAUACGGGAAGACAUGCCCAGCCAGCCAGAGUUCGAUCUCGUAGACCCUUGCGGUCUCGGUCGAAGUAUCUCACAACGCUUUGUCGAGGUGGUCAUGGGGGUACGCCAACCCGCAGCGCGAGAUGUCGUCGAGUACCUACCUGCAGACCCCCAAUUCGACUAUCUCUUGAACAACCUCCACUCAAGAAACCGUGCUUUGAGGGUAGUAGAGUACGAUACUAACGCAUAUCAGACAGCUGUCGCAAACUCCACAUCGGAAUGGCAACGCAGCAUUGAUGGCAUCUUCCCCAAUUGCAAUUCUAACACCCUUGAUGAGCUUCACUACAUCGCUGAGACUGCAUGUCAGGGCAUGAACGAGAUACACAGCCGUCGCAAUGAGUGGUCUGCCGAAAGUAGUAUGGCAAAUGAAUUCACAGAGAAUCUGUUCAGUAUUCCCGCCUCUGACGACGAACACAUUUGA